AUGGAAUCCUCUCAGUGCUUGUCCACGGCUCUGGAGCGCUUACCUUUCAAUAACACUGCUCUGAAUAAGCUACCAGUGGAUGACACAAAGGAGCAAGGGUCCCGGACGGUCCCGGCGGCGUGUUUUCUUCAGCCCCUUGUACGUCCCCACUUCGUGACCCUGUCCCAGUCAGCGCUGGCUCUUCUCGGCCUGAUUGUACAGGAUGUACUGAGUGAUCCUGUGGGUCAGGAGUAUUUGAGCGGCUCCAGAUUGCUCCCGGGCUCCGAACUGGCUGCGCACUGUUACUGCAGUCAUCAGUUUGGGCUUUUUGCAGGUCAGCUGGGAGAUGGAGCUGUGAUGUACUUGGGGGAAGUAGAGUCGGGCACCCAUGGGAGAUGGGAGAUUCAGGUUAAAGGUGCAGGAGUCAUACCUUACUCCCGAGAUGGUGAUGGCAGGAAGGUACUUCGCUCCAGCAUCAGAGAGUUCCUGUGCAGUGAGGCAAUGGUUGCCCUUGGGAUACUCAGCACCCGUGCAGCCUCCCUCGUGAUCUCUGACCUCUACGUCAGCAGAGAUCCACUCAGCAGUGGCCGGCGCAUUCCUGAGCGCUGCUCGGUCGUCCUGCGUCUUGCCCCUUCCUUCAUCAGGUUUGGAUCCUUUGAGAUCUUUCCGGGCCGAGAUGUAUUCUCUGGCCUGCAGGGUCCCAGUGUAGGGCGGCAGGACAUUCAUACUCAGCUACUGGAUUAUGUCAUUGAGACCUUCUAUCCUAGCAUUCAGCAGGCCCAGAGAAACCAGAAAGACAGAAAUACGGCUUUUUUCAGAGAGGUGAUGAUGCGAACCGCCAAGCUUGUAGCCAAGUGACAAUGUGUUGGUUUUUGCCAUGGUGUCCUUAAUACAGACAACAUGAGCAUUUUGGGUCUAACUCUGGACUAUGGCCCCUUCGGUUUUAUGGACAGAUUUGAUCCAGAUUUGAUCCGCAAUGCCUCAGACAAAAGAGGACGUUACUCAUACCAAGCCCAGCCGUCUGUGUGCCGCUGGAACCUGGCUCGGCUUAGUGAAGCCUUGGGCUCUGAGCUGGAUGUAGCUGAGGCAGGAGCUAUCCUGGAUGAGUUAAUGCUCACAUAUGAAGCUUUCUACCUGUGUAUCAUGAGGAAAAAGCUGGGCCUUGUGAGAAAGGAAGAGGCAGAGGACAGCAAGCUAAUAUCAGACCCCCUGCGUGUUAUGCGCAACACUGGUGCAGAUUUCACCAACACUUUCCGCCUGCUGAGCUUUGUCCCCUGGUCUGAGGAGGGCGACAGUGUGAGGGCAACAGUGGGGCCAGUAUUGGACCUCAUCCUACAGCAAUGUGCCUCUAUUGAGGAGCUUAAGCAUCAUGGGGAAAAAGCUUACCAAGAGAAUAUUGAAUUGGCAAUGAUUCUGUCCAUGGCACAAACCAACCCAGUCAUGUUUAGCACGGUGGCAGACAGGUCAGGUGUCGCCCAGCAGCUGGAAAGGAUUGGCUGGCUAAAGGAGCUGCUAGAGACAGAUCAACAUGAGCUUAAGGAAAAGCAGCGUGAUGACUGGAUUCAGUGGGUUAGCCGGGUCAUCCUACGUAACUACAUCGCCCAGGAAGCAAUUCAUGCUGCAGAAAAGGGAGACUUCUCUCAGGUCAAGAGGGUCCUCAAAGCUCUGGAGAAACCAUAUUCUGAUGCAUUUGGACUGGAGCCUUUGGAUGGUCCAAGUGCAUGUGGGCGAAAAGAGCAGAAAGGGAUGGAUUUGACUGUUGAUUAUGACAGGAAACCUCCUGCCUGGGCACAAAGACUUUGUAUCACGUGA